AUGCUCCCGCGGCCUUCCCAGGAGCCACUGGUAGCUCCAUCGCCACUUCCUCCGUUGCCACGUCGCUCUGCAUCCCCAAACCCUGCACGGUCUUUCUCCACAGUUGCCGAGCCCUUCUCCCUGGAGUCGCUGCAGCAGCGUAUCGCGGGGGAGGCGGGCGCCAAGGAGGACGCCCGAUGCAUCCUUGAAGCGCUGGCGCAGUCCGUCGGCAUCUCCAUCCUGCGCCUCAAGGAGUCCUGUCGAUGCCUCUCAGAGGGCGCGGGCGAGGGAUGGCUGCUUCGACGCGUCUGGCAGUUCUGUGAUGAGGUGCAAGACCAGCUCCAGGUGGCGCGGGCGCCGGGAAAGAGCGCCACCGCGGCCACUUUCGCCACCUUGGCCGCCUCGCUGGCUUCGGUUCAGAAGCGCCAUGCGGCCCUCAGCAAGGAGGUGGACAGGCAGACGGAGCGAAACGAGGAGCUGACGUUGCAAGUCACCGCAGCCGCCGAUGCCGAGGGCCGACUCCAAGCAGUGCUGGCCAGUCAGCAGGAGAUGGUGCUUGGGGAAGAGUCUUCCGCCCAAGGCCGGGGCUACAUAGAUCAGGUCGCCUUCCAGCUGAAGCGCCAGCAGGCUGCCAAGGAGAGGGAGCUUGAGGUGUGCUUCAAGGAGCUUUAUGACCGCACGCGCGCAGCGUGUCGUGCAGAGCAGGACGCCCUGCAGUCGAAGCUGCGGUCGAUCCAGCAAGACCUGGCUGCGACUCGCGUGGAGACUUCGAGGUUGAGGUCGCAGCAGGCUGCAGUGUCCAUACACACGCGCCAGUGCCUUGACGGCGGCAAGGCUGCCCUGGCCACGUUGGGUGGCACGGUGUCGGCGCGGUUCUCUCAGGUGGGCGAUGAAGCGAGGACUAAGGCAGCCAAGGCAGAGGACGUGCUGCACCGGCUGCAAAUGCAGCUCGCGUCAAGCAAGGAGGCAGCCGCUUGCGAGCUGGAAUCCAUGGGUCGCAGAGGCCUUGCGCUCAAGGUCGAAGCCGAGGCCAUGAGUGACAAGGCCGCUGAGGAGACGGCCCAGCUUGCAACGGAGCUCUCGGCUGUGGAGACCCAGCGCUCCAUGAUCUCCCGGAAUCUUUCUGACGAAGCUGGGGCGUUGGUGUCUGCACUGCGCGACGGCUUUGCCCAGGGUGCUUCACUCCAAGUGGAGGUCGGCGAGCUGCGGGCCGAGGUGGAGCGCCUUGAGGCCGAACUGCGAGCUGUAGCACAGGAGCGCCACUUGCUGCAGGAGGAGCACCGUGAUGCCUCGGAGCGGCAGCAGCAAGCUGAAGAGGCGCUACGGAAAGCCCUGGGUGACAACGAGGUUGUUCGACAGCAGAUGGAAGCUCAACGAGUCGAGAUGCAGUCGGCCAGUGAGGUCGCACUUCUGGAGGUCGACUCCACUGCGGCAGCUGCUUUGCACGCUGCCCUGGAGGUUGCUCAGGCAGAUCUGGAUGAGUUGGAAGAGCUGUUGGAUGCUCUGGAGAAGGAGCUGGCCGAAAACCGAGCCCGAUGCUCCCAGCUCCACUUGCAGGAGGCAAGCUUGCAAAGGGACAAAGUUUCCCUGGAACGAGAGAGGUCGAUGUGGAGGGCGCAAGAGGACUUGGCGCGCAGCCUGGAGUCCGAAGUCCAAGAUGCCCUGAAAGACGCCCGGAAGUCCUGGGCGGAGGAAGUGCAGAGCCUCAAGGAUCAGAUCAGGGAAGCCACGAGGGCGAAGGAGUUGCUGGAGGCCCAGGUGCAGGAUGCGCAGGCGGCAGAGCCCUUGCAGGCGGAGGCUGCGCAAGUGAUGGAGGCCAGGCGCAAGGCGCAGCUCCUGGAGUCCCAGAUAGACGAGGUUCAAGCCCUUCACGCGCCCGUGCAGAAAGCCUUGGAGCGCCAGGCUACGGCUUCUGCUUCCGCCCAGAUGGAAGUGGAGCAACAACGUCUGCAAACGCUGCAGGCCAGUAGAACAAUGCGGAUGGAGCUGGAGCAGUUCUCUGCGCAGAGGGAGCAGGAUCGAGCAGCGUUGAAUGCCGAGCUGGCCUUCGAGCGCGAGAGGAUGCUUCGAGCCCAAGCUUCCUGGGGACCAAACCAUGCCCUUAUACUACUAGAACUCUAA